GAAAUAAUUCUUAAAGAAAACUGAAGUCUUCCUUUGUCUUUGCAGCGGCAUGUCUCUGAUUUCUAUAUCUCUGAUUUCCAGUCUGGAUUAAGGGCUUUGGUCAAAACUGGGUAUGGUGCAAGAGUAACCCCUUAUGUUGAAGAGUCUAUUGUUGUGGAUAUUGAUCAAUCAAAUAGGGACAUGUCACCUGAAUUUGUCAGAUGGCUGGCACAGAGAAAUCUGUCCAGUGAUGACCGAAUAAUGCGAUUGAAAGAAGGGUAUAUAAAAGAGGGUAGCACUGUGAGUGUAAUGGGAGUUGUCCGACGGAACGAUAACGUUCUGAUGAUUGUUCCUCCUCCAGAGCCACUUUCAACAGGAUGUCAGUGGUCUAAAUGUAUUCUUCCAGCCAGUCUGGAGGGUAUCGUUUUGAGAUGUGAGGACAGUUCAAAGAUUGAUGUCAUUCCUGUGUAGCACUUUUAUCAUUAUAGAAGGCUCUGCUGUUUUUGUUUUAAAUAUGUUGGAAAACCCUCUUCUGUCAGUGGCAACAAGAAUGGCAUCUUCACUCAGUUAACCAGAUAUGUAUAGUUUGUCGAUUUGAUUUGUUUUUUUUUUAUAUUCUUGUUGUAAUGGUGUUGGUGUCAUCAAAUGUGUAGAUACUGAUGAUUUUUUGAGAGAGUUGUUAUGG